UAUUUAGUGAAUGUAAGAGAAGUGGAAGGAGAUCAUGGACUAGUCAAUCCUAUCAUAGUUGAGGGAAUUUUAAAUCUUUGUUUAAAGGAUCCCAAGCUUAUCUCAAUCUUACGAAAAAUGUAAUUCAAGCCGUGUAUAUUAUAAUAGAUGAUUUAAUAGGAUAGGAUCUAAAAGCUUUAAAUAAUUAGUAAAAGUUGUUUAAUUUCAAUUUGUAAUUUAAGCAACUGAUAAAUGGGAAAUAACUAUGGAAGAAUUUGAGGUAAUUGAAGAGUCUCGAAUUCACGGAGAGGGCAGACCAAACAAUACAUACAAUCCAUACCAACUAAUUUCAUCUGCAUAUGAAAAAAACCAAGACGAUCUUGUAGAAAAAGUUCAACAACAUUAUAUAAAUCCACAAUUGGUUGCCCAAAUAACUCAUCAAUUAAAGAAUGAUGCUUUGGUUUAUAGCCCUCAAUUAACACUGGAAAUUGGAGUAAAAGAACAUCCACAGCAAGUUCGAGAGGUCGUUUUUAUAGUAAAUCAAUUCGGUCUAGUGUUAUUAUUAUUCGGUCUAGUGUUAUUAUUAUUAUUAUUCGGUCUAGUGUUCGGCACGGUUCGGUACUCCCGCGGUACUCCCUAAAGUACCAAAUCGGUACUUUUCGGUACUCCCGGAACCGUCCCGAUGAGAUUUUGGUAAAUUUCGGUAC